UACAAUAUUUGAGAAAGAAGUUUAAACAAGAUUAUUGAGUUUAAAAAAGUAUAAAAGAAACUUAACAAAAUGGAGGUUAUGGAAGAAGGUAAUCUUAUGGACAGAGUUCCAAUUUUGCUGCAGAGAGAUUUGGAAUUUUAUCAGACCCAUCAAAGAGUUUUGCAAGAACGUUUGUGUACUGGCGUUGUGGGUGGAAAACUAGACUUUCCUCGUUAUGCUUCAUUUGCUGCCAUCAAAAUGAUUCUGUGGUGGGAAGAUGAAUACUUUGCCUCAUAUCGCAAACAUUCUGGCCUAUUGCAUACUGAAAAGGAAUUAAGUGAAGGAGAUUUUUCUUCUGUGGUUGUCAAGACAUCUGAUCCUGAUAAAUUUGUUGGCAUUGUUACAAAAUCGGCAGACCUUCUUCUUGAACAUUUGCAUGUGCUCUCGCAAGAGUCCCUAGAUCAUGCUGAUCUCUCUGUAUUAACAGCCACCAUAGGCGCUGCUUCUUUAGUACGAAACUGCUUAAAUGUAUAUCUUCAGGCUUGUACAACAAAAAUAUGUCCGCCCAAAGGUGAUGAGAAAGGUGGAGCUUUAAAAUUAUCUCUCAAACAGUAUUCCCAAAUGUCUGAGGCCUUGGCCGAACGUUUGUUGGAUUUGCAUUGCCGUCUUUUACUUUUGUACAUAGUCCAGGAUGCGGAUGCCUUGCAUUGGGAGGAUACCGAGCCCUUCUUUGAAUCCGAGCGAGGUUCAUAUACUAUACAAAUGUGGUGGUUGUAUAUGUGCGGCACCAAAGAUGACCUUUGGAAUUCCGUGCCUCCCAAGAUGGCUCAACGAAUAUUCGGUGGCAUGCUUAAUGAGACCUUGAGCGUUUUGACGGUACGUUAUUCGCAAAUCGUUACCAGCAACGCUCGUGCUCAAUUGCAUUUGUGUGACAUUUGCAAUUUGCUGUUCUGUGUUGCAGAGUUGUUACCACAUGUUAGCGAAAGUGGGGAGGCAUAUGUGGGCUUACAGCUAAAUAACCAAAGUGUCAUUAUCCGCGACAUACAUGCAAAAUGCCGAGAACUUUUCUACUGCCUUCUGUUGCGUGGCGCACCACUUGGAGUCCUCUCAAAGGUAUUUCGCAAGGGUCUAGAGAAUAUGGAAAUGUUUUCAUCUCGUCAUGGUUUGCCUAGUGCUUGGAUUAUAUUUGCUUUACCAAGAUUCUUUCCCAAAGAUCAGUCUUGUCAAUGGGUAACGGAGUUCGUUGAUCUCAAUACAAACAGUGCCAUAGCUUUGGAGUUGAAGGUGCUUUUGGCCUUUCCGGAGGCAGAUUGGUCAUUUUUAGUAAAGGUUCUCCUUAUGCGUGAUGCCUAUUUAACCGGCAUCAUACUGAGACAUCUUUUACAGCAUUUACCUUCUUCAGAAAAUUUUAAAAAUGUCGCCAAGUGCUCCUUUGUAGAGGCUGCUACCGAGUCAAAGAAAUGUGAAGGUUUUUUGUGCAGAGGAGAAUGUUUUAAAGUAUCAGACUUAUUGGUCGACGAUGUGGAUCCUGUGGGCCAAUCAAAUUACCAGAUUGUUCUGUCUUUGACAUAUUUGUUGGUGGCUUUGGGUAAAGCAUUGGAUAUAAAAUCAUGUUUAGUAAGAGCAUUAGAAGAAGUUGGACUUCCAGGAUGGAGUGAUUGUUUGGACAAAAGACAGGUGUGGAACCAAAAAAGGCCCCCUUGGCUGGAGGCCAUUAUGCACUUCGCCUACCCGGUGCUGGACACUACAGUUGAUAUGUUAAUAAAUGCCGUUGAAGCAGGGGCUAGUAUGUAUCAGGCCAUGUCAUUGGCCUUAACCUGUGUAUCUGAAAUGUGGGAUUGCAUACCUGAGGGGUUAUAUAAGGUUACCUCGUUAUUGCAGGAUAUAACACCAGUGUCCACAAGGCCUUUAAGCGACUCAGUUUUGAUGCAAGUCAUGUUUGCCGCACUUUAUACGGAGCUCAUUAAAACUGCCGAAAAAUAUGAAAAAUUCAAUAAUGAGGAUAGAGCUACAAUUUGUUUCACUCUUUCUGAAGCUAUUUGUUCAAUUGAUGAAGAUGACAAGCACACCGAUCAAAUUGAUCUUUUCUUGAAGCAGGCUAAGGAUAGCGUUAUGUUAGAAAGCUACGGUGAGGCUGGUCGUCGUGGUGGUGGCAUGAGCGCCGUAAGUACCGUAAAAAUUGACGAGGUAGGCACUGCAGAAUCCGAUCGCAUGAGUCACAGCCCACCUGCCAAUUACGCCAUGGAAUUGGAUGUGGGAAUUACGGAUUUUAUUGCUGAAGUAUUGACAAGCGAUGUGCUGACCACAGAUAUAGGAAAGCAAUCAUUAAAGGUUAGCUAUUCAUAUUUGAAGAAUAACAAAGAAUGGCUAAUGGAGCAACUGGGAACCACUGAAAACGAGCCGAGUCCUUUUCAAGGGGCUCAUGGACAAAAUAUUAAGGAAAACAAGUCAACAUUACUGAAAACAAUGUUCUUUAUUGAUCAACACCCCUUUGAUCAGUUACUGACGGGUUCCUUAAAAAUUGAUUAUAUUACAUGGCUACAAACGCCAAUAUCACUUAAUCCGGAACGUGCUUGGCUACAUUUGUCGCGACGCUGUGACUUUCAAGAAAAUGCUAAACUAGCAAUGCCGGAAGUGGCCAUGGUGGCAAGCAUAACCAAAGCUAUGAAGAAGCGAAAAAAUUAUAACAAAUAGGAAGCAGUUUUUGCAAGCGCCAAACUUAAAAAAAUCUUAUUAACCCAAACAAAGUGAAUCCUUUGAAAAGAGAAGAAGCAAACAGACAUAUAUAAAUAACCACAUAUUAUUUACGCACAGCUUAUAUGAGCGCUUGAAAACUAAAGUUGACA